UAACGAGCAAAGCGAAUAAGAAAAGUAUAAAAAGUUUAAAAAGUUUCUUUCCUACCAUAGAGAGAUUCCAUUGUUGAAGACAAAAAGACAAUAUAAAGUUCGAAAAUAAUUUAAGACAGUUUAAGUUGUAAGAGUUGAAAGCACGUUCGAAGCAGGAAUCCAUUAAAUGGAUACAAUGGCUGAAGAUAAGAAUGGCUCUACUGCAGUUCCAAGUGGUGGAGAUGCAAUUGGAGAGAAUCCAUCACUGAUUGAAACUGCAUCAGAAGGACCGAUGUCAUUAAACUUAGCAGUUGGUCCACCUAGUCCAUUAACUGGAUGUUAUCUGCUUAUUGUGAUUGGUGAACCAUAUUCUCACGACCACAAGGAUAUUAUUCUUCAGAAGCUUUUGAAGGGACUCUUGUCAUGGAACGCAGCAGACUGUCAUGUCAAUUUGGAAGAAGAAUUGAGUACAAUUACAGCUUUGGCAUUGGAAGGUGAAGAAGGAAAGAAUGGAGAGAAACUCAUUCAGUAUGCAAGCGAAAAUUUAGUCACGGAGAUAUUGAUUCAUCCUCAAACGAAUACAUUUAUUCAAUGUAUGCGUAAUUUGCUGAGUAGCUUCACUCGACACCGUCACAUUAUUCAUGCAGGAUAUACCUUUACGGGCAAUGGCUCAUGGAUUUUACAGGAUGGAACAUUUUCCGUAUUAGAUUUUUGUGAUGAAUUUCUUCAGAAUGAGGUUCAGAGAGUUUUACGAGCAUAUCCAGAUACAAUUUCAAUUGAUAUUCACUGUGCUCAAUUAGGACAUUGGUCUUCAUUGCCUGACAAAAACUUUACGAAACUUUGCAAAAUUCGUAUAAAUCCUGUUGACGUAAUCGACUCGGGAAAUGAAAAAUUAAAUGCUUUUACUGACUAUUUAUCGGUUAUGGUUUAUUCUGGAGACUUGUACAAUUUACUUGAAAGUUCAGAUGUUGUUGGAAAUAUUCGCUUUAGUCAUCCAACACUUUAUGUCUUCCCCGGUGGACAGGGUGAUGCCGCUCUAUUUGGCAUUAAUGGCUUCAACAUGCUAGUCGACGGAGGCUUUGCCAGAAAGGCAUGCUUUUGGGAUUUUGUACGACACCUAGAUCGCUUGGAUGCAGUUUUAAUGACGAGAUUAAAUAAUAGUAACAUUAACGGUAUGAGCGCUGUGAUCGAACGUAAAAGUGGAAAUUAUGUUUAUCCACAAAUUGGACAUUUCUUUGCAAACAUUCCUGCAAGCCGUGCCAUAUCAAGUCCUGACGGUGAUAAAGAUCGUAAUCCUUUAGAAAUAGAUUUGAUUGAGGAAGGUAGUCGUUUAGUUUCAAACCUUAAGAAUAUUAAUUUGAAACCUCAAAUGUGUUAUCGUGAUGCUGAACCUAUAAAUCUUUAUCAUAAAGUUGGUCACGGUACACUUGAUAUGUACAUAAUAAGCCCCUCAAAAGAUUCCAAAGAAGUUAAAGAAUUUCUUCAAAAGUGGCAUGCUAAUGAUCAGAAAUUAUUUGCAUCAAAAGAUUCCAAAGAAUUUACAUUCCCAAUCCAAAAUAUUGUGUCAAUUUGUGCACUGCUUGUUUGGCAACCUGCUAAUCCUGAUGAUAAUAUAACUCGUAUUCUAUUUCCUGGUAGUACACCCGAUUCAAAAAUAUUCGAAGGACUUGAAAAAGUAAAAGCUUUAGAAUUUUUGAAGCAUCCAAUUUGCACUGUUAAAACAGUUACUCCUUCACUAUCGACAAGCAUCUUAUCAAAAAAGGCUUUAAAAGCUGAAAGGAUUAUUGAUUCAGUUCCUAUUAAGCCUAUAAAAGAAAAGGAAAGAAAAAUAGAGAAGGAGAAAAUAGCUGAUGUAGCAGUUGAUGAGAAAACUUCUCAACCAGAUAAUCGAUUAAUUGAAGAGCAACAACAGCAACAAGAACAACAAGAGCAAAUUACAAUUGAAAAUACAACUGCUGUAACAGAAGAGAUAAUAAAAGCUGAAAAAACUGUUACUAAAACAGCGUCAAAGUCAAGAACGACAGCAACAAAACAGAGCAAAUCAGAUGUAAAGAAAACAGAGACUAAAAAAAUAAUUGAACCAGAACAGACUGUAACAGCAAAUGAAAAGGCUGCGAUAAUUGAAAAAGAAAAAGGUGAUAAUAAAGAAGAGACUGAUGCUAAAUCCACCGAAGAACCUGAAAAAAUUUCAGAUGAUAAAGAAGAAAAGCCUUUGCCAAAGAAGGAAGUAGAAGAACCUGAAGUUAAACCAAAGGCAAAGAUAAGUAAACCAAAAUCCGAUCCGAAAUCGCACGUAAGAUCCCGAAUUGAUUCUCGUCCACCAAGAUCAAUGAGUGAUAAGAGAACUGCUGCUACAAAGAAGGAACAAGAUAAGGAUCAAAAAUCAUCGCCAACAACGCCUAAGAAAACAAGUGAUAAAUUAGCUAAUGGGUCAGUAAUGACUGGAAAAGAAACAAAAGAAGAGAAAAUCAUUGAGAAGGUUAAAGCUAAACCACUCACACGUACAGUUAGGGAGAGUCCAAAAAGUACACCUGCAAAAAGCACAAAGGAUGCUAAUAAUAGAAAAGUCCUUGAAGCACGUCAAAAGCCAACUACAGUUGCAACAGCUUCAACACGAAUAAGUAAAAUGGCUUUAACAACUCACGAAGAAAAGAAAGAAUUGAAAACAUUUGAAAAGAAAACAGUUGCAAAAAGAACAAUGAAAAAAGUAGGAAGUCCAAUGAAAAGCUCUAGGAAAGAUGUUAAAAAGGUUGUAAAAGCAGAUAAAAAUGGCACAACAGAUUCUAGUUUGGUAUCUACACCAAGUGAAGAUGUCCAAAAGAAAAUUGUUACGGGUACUGAAACUGAUGUUGUAAAACAGAAGGAACUUAAUGAACUGAAAGAGGAACAAGAAGCUGUUCGAGAGAUAGAAGCUGUUUUUGAAAAAGAUCAAGUAAAACGACGUUCACAUGGAAUUAUUAUGGAUCAUCGUGAAUUACAUGAAAGCACAACCGAGGCUGAGGAAGAGGAAGAAUAUUUAAUUAUAGAAAAAGAAGAACCUUAUACUGAAGAUUCAAUUAAUGAGCAUGAGAGCCAUAAAGAUGAGGGUGAGAUUCAAAAACUUCAAAGAGAUCACGAUGAAAACGAAAAGAAAUUAAAAGAUGACUCAAAAGAAAAGGAACCAAUACAAACAGAAACAGACGAGAAGGUCGAUCAACAAGAGUUUGACGACGAUAAUGAGAAAGAUAAUUUAAAGGAAGAAGUUCAAGUUGAGGUUCAAGAAAUAAUUUCAUCAGCUAAAGAAAUUGCCAUUUCAAAAAUGGAAACAAGUAUUGAAGCCAUGUUGAAAACUGAAGAUGAUGAUGAACGUAUUAGCAGUGCUAGAAAUAUAGAAACCAAAGAUGAUGAUAUUAGAGAUAACGCUAAAGAUGAAAUUGAUCCAAUAAUGAUUGAAAGUCAACCAGAAGAAAAAUUCUCAGCAACAUCUGGUGCAACCACAGCUCCAACAAUGCCCGAGGAUGAAGUAAAGGAAGGUCCACCACUUGAUGAAAUCAAGGAAGAUUUAGCGGUAGAAGAAAAAUAUAUUAAAGAAGAAACAAAGGAAAAUGACUUCGUUAUGAAAAAACUUCCAACAGUUUUAGAGCCCCUUAAAGGUGACAGUGGAAAAGCUAAUUUCAUAGCUCAAAGCCCACAUUUAAGAGAUAUUGUAAAAACUCCCGAUGAAGUCGCUGAUCUACCAAUGCAUGAGGUUGUAGAUUAUCAAGGAUAUGUCGAAUAUGGUGGCAAAAAAGUAGACAAGCCCGAUGAAAUUCCAGCUGAGGAAACACAGAAGGAAAUUGAGGCCAGAGAGGCUGAAUUACUAAAAGAAAAAGAUGAAAACGAACAAAUUGAGGACAAAGAAAUUGAAGACAAAGAUGAUUUGAAAGAUGAAACUAAAUUGUCCGAGGUUGAACAAGAUGAUGUGAAAAUUACUGAAGCGAAUGAAAUUGUUAUUGAAAAACAAGAAGUCACUAAAGUUCAUCAAACAUACGCUACAGAGAUAAGAGAGACUCAUAUUACAACUAUUGAAUCUCCAUCAAUUGAUGAAAAAUCUACUGACGUCAAAAAAUCUUCAUAUCAAAUUGAAGAGAUUAAAUACAUGACAAUUGAGCGUGAAGACUCUGGAUUAAAUGAUAUCAAAGAAGAAGAUGAAUAUGGCGUCUCACCACCAAAACAUGGUGAUAAUGAAGAAAAAUUGAGCAUAUCACCUAACUUGCCACCUCGUGCUCGAACACCGGAAGAUGUGAUGAAAAUCGUUAGCAAAGUUGCAGAAGUGUUAAAAACGGACAAAGAUUUAGAGGUUUUGGUACCAGAUUUUGAUGAGAAAGAAUUUGAACGACGACUUUCAAAUAAAACGGCUGAAGAUCAUGAAAUGGGUUUAGAAGGUUCAACAACAGUUCAAAGAAUGUUGGUAACAGCAAGCAGUGAAGAUGGAGGUGUUGAAACAGAAAUCUGUCCAGAAGGAAGUAUCAACUUUAUGUCUUCAAGCCCAGAAAAGUCAACAGAAAUAAAUUCACCAAUUAAAGAAAGAGAUGAAAAAGAUGUUAAGACUCCACCAUCAUCAGGAAAAUCAUCUCCUGAAUUAAAAACUUCAACCACUUCAGUUGAAGAAAAAGACAAAAAUGAGUUACAAGAAAAAGAAACAAUUCUCUCAAAAUCUCCCGAGACUUUAAUUACCAAAAUUCAAAAAGAAGAUCUUGAUAGGUUAAGUGAAAUUCGAAGAGAAUCUACGACAAGCUUCCUUAGCGAAAAAGAUUUCACGAAAGAAGAAAGUUCCAUAGUCGUGGAAAAAGUUCAAUCACGAAGUCAGUCAAUCUCGUCGACAAUUUUAGAACUUGAGCAUGAUGAACAAGAAAAAGGAGACCGAGAAGAAAAUCAACAAGACAAAGAAAAAAUUGAAGAACGAAAAAAAUCAAUCGUCUCAGUAAUUUCUGAUUUGACUUUACAGGAGAAGAGAGAUGAAUCUCGACCAGAAUCAAUUCAUGCUUCAGAACAUGAAAAAGAAAUCUUUAAAACCGAUGAACGUAAAGAAUCGAUUGCAUCGUUGACAUCAGAAAAGAAAUUAGAUGAACAAAAGGAAGAAUCACGACCAAUAUCUCAGGCCAGUGUAGCAAGCGAGAAAGCUGCUUCAGAACAUGAAGACGAAAAUUUGAGCCCAGUCAAAGCUGAUGAACGAAAGGAAUCAAUUGCAUCGAUGACAUUAGAAAAGAAAUUAGAUGAACCAAAGGAAGAAUCACGACCAAUUUCUGAGGCCAGUGUAGCAAGCGAGAAAGCUGCUUCAGAACAUGAAGACGAAAAAUUGAGCCCAGUCAAAGCUGAUGAACGAAAGGAAUCAAAUGCAUCGGUGACAUUAGAAAAGAAAUUAGAUGAGCCAAAGGAAGAAUCACGACCUAUUUCUCAGGCCAGUGUAGCAAGCGAGAAAGCUGCUUCAGAACAUGAAGACGAAAAAUUGACCUCAGUCAAAGCUGAUGAGCGUAAAGAAUCAAUUGCAUCGGUGACAUCAGAAAAGAAAUUAGAUGAACCAAAGGAAGAAUCACGACCUAUUUCUCAGGCCAGUGAAGCAAGUGAGAAAGCUGCUUCAGAACAUGAAGACGAAAAAUUGAGCACAGUUAAAGCUGAUGAGCGUAAAGAAUCAAUUGCAUCGGUGACAUCAGAAAAGAAAUUAGAUGAGCCAAAGGAAGAAUCACGACCUAUUUCUCAGGCCAGUGUUGCAAGUGAAAAAGCUACUUCAGAACAUGAAGACGAAAAAUUGAGCCCAGUCAAAGCUGAUGAGCGUAAAGAAUCAAUUGCAUCGGUGACAUCAGAAAAGAAAUUAGAUGAAUCAAAGGAAGAAUCACGACCUAUUUCUCAGGCAAGUAUAGCAAGUGAGAAAGUUGCUUCAGAACAUGAAGACGAAAAAUUUAGCCCAGUCAAAGCUGAUGAACGAAAGGAAUCAAUUGCAUCGGUGACAUCAGAAAAGAAAUUAGAUGAAUCAAAGGAAGAAUCACGACCUAUUUCUCAGGCCAGUGUAGCAAGCGAGAAAGCUGCUUCAGAACAUGAAGACGAAAAAUUGAGCCCAGUCAAAGCUGAUGAGCGUAAAGAAUCAAUUGCAAAGAAAUUAGAUGAACCAAAGGAAGAAUCACGACCACUUUCUCAGGCCAGUUUAGCAAGUGAGAAAGUUGCUUCAGAACAUGAAGACGAAAAAUUGAGCCCGGUCAAAGCUGAUGAGCGUAAAGAAUCAAUUGCAUCGGUGACAUCAGAAAAGAAAUUAGAUGAGCCAAAAGAAGAAUCACGACCUAUUUCUCAGGCCAGUGUAGCAAGCGAGAAAGCUGCUUCAGAACAUGAAGACGAAAAAUUGAGCCCAGUCAAAGCUGAUGAGCGUAAAGAAUCAAUUGCAUCGGUGACAUCAGAAAAGAAAUUAGAUGAACCAAAGGAUGAAUCACGACCUAUUUCUCAGGCCAGUGUAGCAAGUGAAAAAGCUGCUUCAGAACAUGAAGACGAAAAAUUGAGCCCAGUCAAAGCUGAUGUACGAAAGAAAUCAAUUGCAUCGGUGACAUCAGAAAAAAAAUUAGAUGAGCCAAAGGAAGAAUCACGACCUAUUUCUCAGGCCAGUGUAGCAAGUGAGAAAGCUGCUUCAGAACAUGAAGACGAAAAAUUGAGCACAGUCAAAGCUGAUGAGCGUGAAGAAUCAAUUGCAUCGGUGACAUCCGAAAAGAAAUUAGAUGAACCAAAGGAAGAAUCACGACCUAUUUCUCAGGCCAGUGUAGCAAGCAAGAAAGCUGCUUCAGAACAUGAAGACGAAAAAUUGAGCCCAGUCAAUGCUGAUAAACGAAAGGAAUCAAUUGCAUCGGUGACAUCAGAAAAAAAAUUAGAUGAACCAAAGGAAGAAUCACGACCUAUUUCUCAGGCCAGUGAAGCAAGCGAGAAAGCUGCUUCAGAACAUGAAGUCAAAAAAUUGAGCCCAGUCAAAGCUGAUGAGCAUAAAGAAUUAAUUGCAUCGGUGACAUCAGAAAAGAAAUUAGAUGAACCAAAGGAAGAAUCACGACCAAUUCCUCAGGCCAGUGUAGCAAGCGAGAAAGUUGCUUCAGAACAUGAAGACGAAAAAUUGAGCCCAGUCAAAGCUGAUGAGCGUAAAGAAUCAAUUGCAUCGGUGACAUCAGAAAAGAAAUUAGAUGAGCCAAAGGAAGAAUCACGACCAAUUUCUCAGGCCAGUGUAGCAAGUGAGAAAGUUGCUUCAGAACAUGAAGACGAAAAAUUGAGCCCGGUCAAAGCUGAUGAGCGUAAAGAAUCAAUUGCAUCGGUGACAUCAGAAAAGAAAUUAGAUGAGCCAAAGGAAGAAUCACGACCAAUUUCUCAGGCCAGUGUAGCAAGUGAGAAAGUUGCUUCAGAACAUGAAGACGAAAAAUUGAGCCCGGUCAAAGCUGAUGAGCGUAAAGAAUCAAUUGCAUCGGUGACAUCAGAAAAGAAAUUAGAUGAGCCAAAGGAAGAAUCACGACCAAUUUCUCAGGCCAGUGUAGCAAGCGAGAAAGUUGCUUCAGAACAUGAAGACGAAAAAUUGCGCCCAGUCAAAGCUGAUGAGCGUAAAGAAUCAAUUGCAUCGGUGACAUCAGAAAAGAAAUUAGAUGAGCCAAAGGAAGAAUCACGACCAAUUUCUCAGGCCAGUGUAGCAAGCGAGAAAGCUGCUUCAGAACAUGAAGACGAAAAAUUGAGCCCAGUCAAAGCUGAUGAGCGUAAAGAAUCAAUUGCAUCGGUGACAUCAGAAAAGAAAUUAGAUGAGCCAAAGGAAGAAUCACGACCAAUUUCUCAGGCCAGUGUAGCAAGUGAGAAAGUUGCUUCAGAACAUGAAGACGAAAAAUUGAGCCCGGUCAAAGCUGAUGAGCGUAAAGAAUCAAUUGCAUCGGUGACAUCAGAAAAGAAAUUAGAUGAGCCAAAGGAAGAAUCACGACCAAUUUCUCAGGCCAGUGUAGCAAGCGAGAAAGCUGCUUCAGAACAUGAAGACGAAAAAUUGAGCCCAGUCAAAGCUGAUGAGCGUAAAGAAUCAAUUGCAUCGGUGACAUCAGAAAAGAAAUUAGAUGAGCCAAAGGAAGAAUCACGACCAAUUUCUCAGGCCAGUGUAGCAAGUGAGAAAGUUGCUUCAGAACAUGAAGACGAAAAAUUGAGCCCGGUCAAAGCUGAUGAGCGUAAAGAAUCAAUUGCAUCGGUGACAUCAGAAAAAAAAUUAAAUGAACCAAAGAAAGAAUCACGACCUAUUUCUCAGGCCAGUGUAGCAAGCGAGAAAGCUGCUUCAGAACAUGAAGACAAAGAAUUGAGCGCAGUCAAAGCUGAUGAGCGUAAAGAAUCAAUUGCAUCGGUGACAUCAGAAAAGAAAUUAGAUGAACCAAAGGAAGAAUCACGACCAAUUUCUCAGGCCAGUGUAGCAAGUGAGAAAGUUGCUUCAGAACAUGAAGACGAAAAAUUGAGCCCGGUCAAAGCUGAUGAGCGUAAAGAAUCAAUUGCAUCGGUGACAUCAGAAAAGAAAUUAGAUGAACCAAAGGAAGAAUCACGACCAAUUUCUCAGGCCAGUGUAGCAAGUGAGAAAGUUGAUUCAGAACAUGAAGACGAAAAAUUGAGCCCGGUCAAAGCUGAUGAGCGUAAAGAAUCAAUUGCAUCGGUGACAUCAGAAAAGAAAUUAGAUGAGCCAAAGGAAGAAUCACGACCAAUUUCUCAGGCCAGUGUAGCAAGUGAGAAAGUUGCUUCAGAACAUGAAGACGAAAAAUUGAGCCCAGUCAAAGCUGAUGAACGAAAGGAAUCAAUUGUGUCGGUGACAUCAGAAAAGAAAUUAGAUGAGCCAAUGGAAGAAUCACGACCUAUUUCUCAGGCCAGUGUAGCUAGUGAAAAAGCUGCUUCAGAACAUGAAGACGAAGAAUUUAGUCUAGUCAAAGCUGAUGAGCGUAAAGAAUCAAUUGAAUCGGUGACAUCAGAAAAGAAAUUAGAUGAGCCAAAGGAAGAAUCACGACCUAUUUCUCAGGCCAGUGUAGCAAGCGAGAAAGCUGCUUCAGAACAUGAAGACGAAAAAUUGAGCCCAGUCAAAGCUGAUGAGCGUAAAGAAUUAAUUGCAUCGGUGACACCAGAAAAGAAAUUAGAUGAGCCAAAGGAAGAAUCACGACCUAUUUCUCAGGCCAGUGUAGCAAGCGAGAAAGCUGCUUCAGAACAUGAAGACGAAAAAUUGAGCCCAGUCAAAGCUGAUGAGCGUAAAGAAUUAAUUGCAUCGGUGACAUUAGAAAAGAAAUUAGAUGAAUCAAAGGAAGAAUCACGACCUAUUUCUCAGGCAAGUAUAGCAAGUGAGAAAGUUGCUUCAAAACAUGAAGACGAAAAAUUGAGCCCCGUCAAAGCUGAUGAGCGUAAAGAAUCAAUUGCAUCGGUGACAUCAGAAAAGAAAUUAGAUGAACCAAAGGAAAAAUCACGACCUAUUUCUCAGGCCAGUGUAGUAAGCGAGAAAGCUGCUUCAGAACAUGAAGACGAAACAUUGAGCCCAGUCAAAGCUGAUGAACGCAAAGAAUCAAUUGCAUCGAUGACAUCAGAAAAGAAAUUAGAUGAACCAAAGGAAGAAUCACGACCUAUUUCUCAGGCCAGUGUAGCAAGCGAGAAAGUUGCUUCAGAACAUGAAGACGAAAAAUUGAGCCAAGUCAAAGCUGAUGAGCGUAAAGAAUCAAUUGCAUCGGUGACAUCAGAAAAGAAAUUAGAUGAGCCAAAGGGAGAAUCACGACCUAUUUCUCAGGCCAGUGUAGCUAGCGAAAAAGCUGCUUCAGAACAUGAAGACGAAAAAUUGAGCCCAGUCAAAGCUGAUGAGCGUAAAGAAUCAAUUGCAUCGGUGACAUUAGAAAAGAAAUUAGAUGAGCCAAAGGAAGAAUCACGACCUAUUUCUCAGGCCAGUGUAGCAAGCGAGAAAGCUGCUUCAGAACAUGAAGACGAAAAAUUGAGCCCAGUCAAAGAUGAUGAACGAAAGGAAUCAAUUGUAUCGGUGACAUCAGAAAAUAAAUUAGAUGAGCCAAAGGGAGAAUCACGACCUAUUUCUCAGGCCAGUGUAGCUAGCGAAAAAGCUGCUUCAGAACAUGAAGACGAAAAAUUGAGCCCAGUCAAAGCUGAUGAGCGUAAAGAAUCAAUUGCAUCGGUGACAUUAGAAAAGAAAUUAGAUGAGCCAAAGGAAGAAUCACGACCUAUUUCUCAGGCCAGUGUAGCAAGUGAGAAAGUUGCUUCAGAACAUGAAGACGAAAAAUUUAUUCUAGUCAAAGCUGAUGAGCGUAAAGAAUCAAUUGCAUCGGUUACAUCAGAAAAGAAAUUAGAUGAACCAAAGGAAGAAUCACGACCUAUUUCUCAGGCCAGUGUAGUAAGCGAGAAAGCUGCUUCAGAACAUGAAGACGAAAAAUUGAGCCCAGUCAAAGCUGAUGAAAGCAAAGAAUUAAUUGCAUCGAUGACAUCAGAAAAGAAAUUAGAUGAACCAAAGGAAGAAUCACGACCAAUUUCUCAGGCCAGUGUAGUAAGUGAGAAAGUUGCUUCAGAACAUGAAGACGAAAAAUUGAGCCCAGUCAAAGCUGAUGAGCGUAAAGAAUCAAUUGCAUCGGUGACAUUAGAAAAGAAAUUAGAUGAGUCAAAGGAAGAAUCACGACCUAUUUCUCAGGCCAGUGUAGCGAGUGAGAAAGUUGCUUCAGAACAUGAAGACGAAAAAUUGAGCCCAGUCAAAGCUGAUGAGCGUAAAGAAUCAAUUGCAUUGGUGACAUCAGAAAAGAAAUUAGAUGAGCCAAAGGAAGAAUCACGACCUAUUUCUCAGGCCAGUAUAGCAAGCGAGAAAGCUCUUUCAGAACAUGAAGACGAAAAAUUGAGCCCAGUCAAAGCUGAUGAGCGUAAAGAAUCAAUUGCAUCGGUGACAUCAGAAAAGAAAUUAGAUGAGUCAAACGAAGAAUCACGACCUAUUUCUCAGGCCAGUGGAGCAAGCGUGAAAGCUGCUUCAGAACAUGAAGACGAAAAAUUGAGCACAGUUAAAGUUGAUGAACGUAAAGAAUCAAUUGUAUCGGUGACAUCAGAAAAGAAAUUAGAUGAGUCAAAGGAAGAAUCACGACCUAUUUCUCAGGCCAGUGUAGCGAGCGAAAAAGCUGCUUCAGAACAUGAAGACGAAAAAUUGAGCCCAGUCAAAGCUGAUGAGCGUAAAGAAUCAAUUGCAUUGGUGACAUCAGAAAAGAAAUUAGAUGAGCCAAAGGAAGAAUCACGACCUAUUUCUCAGGCCAGUAUAGCAAGCGAGAAAGCUGUUUCAGAACAUGAAGACGAAAAAUUGAGCCCAGUCAAAGCUGAUGAGCGCAAAGAAUCAAUUGCAUCGGUGACAUCAGAAAAGAAAUUAGAUGAGUCAAACGAAGAAUCACGACCAAUUUCUCAGGCCAGUGUAGCAAGCGAAAAAGCUGCUUCAAAACAUGAAGACGAAAAAUUGAGCCCAGUCAAAGCUGAUGAGCGUAAAGAAUCAACUGUAUCGGUGACAUCAGAAAAGAAAUUAGAUGAGCCAAAGGAAGAAUCACGACCUAUUUCUCAGGCCAGUGGAGCAAGCGAGAAAGCUGCUUCAGAACAUGAAGACGAAAAAUUGAGCCAAGUCAAAGCUAAUGAACGAAAGGAAUCAACUGUAUCGGUGACAUCAGAAAAGAAAUUAGAUGAGCCAAAGGAAGAAUCACGACCUAUUUCUCAGGCCAGUGGAGCAAGCGUGAAAGCUGCUUCAGAACAUGAUGACGAAAAAUUGAGUACAGUCAAAGCUGAUGAGCGUAAAGAAUCAAUUGUAUCGAUGACAUCAGAAAAGAAAUUAGAUGAGCCAAAGGAAGAAUCACGACCAAUUUCUCAGGCCAGUGUAGCAAGCGAGAAAGCUGCUUCAGAACAUGAAGACGAAAAAUUGAACCAAGUCAAAGCUAAUGAACGAAAGGAAUCAACUGUAUCGGUGACAUCAGAAAAAAAAUUAGAUGAACCAAAGGAAGAAUCACGACCUAUUUCUCAGGCCAGUGUAGCAAGCGAGAAAGCUGCUUCAGAACAUGAUGACGAAAAAUUGAGUACAGUCAAAGCUGAUGAGCGUAAAGAAUCAAUUGUAUCGAUGACAUCAGAAAAGAAAUUAGAUGAGCCAAAGGAAGAAUCACGACCAAUUUCUCAGGCCAGUGUAGCAAGCGAGAAAGCUGCUUCAGAACAUGAAGACGAAAAAUUGAACCAAGUCAAAGCUAAUGAACGAAAGGAAUCAACUGUAUCGGUGACAUCAGAAAAGAAAUUAGAUGAACCAAAGAAAGAAUCUCGACAAAUUUCUCAAGCCAGUGUAGCAAGUGAGAAGGCUGUUACAGAACGUGAAAACCAAGAACAAGAAUCUCAUUUGAGUUCUCCAAUUUCUCAUUGUGCUAUUCUGGGGCAAAAGAUUGAAACCAAACCUGUUAUUAUUGGUUUCAUUAGACCUAAAUCACCCGCUAGUGAUGGUGAAGAAGUUGACUCUAAGGAUAUUAAAUUAUAUGAGGAAGAGAUUGAUUCUUAUGAAUGUCCAAAAUCUCCUGGAAGCGUUUCAAGCCAGGUCUCAGAAAAAUCUCAUAGUGAUAAAGAAAAAGAGUAUAUAGACGUAAAUAUUAGAAGAAAGUCUUCGGUCUCUGUUGCGUCUGAUGUAGAAAAUAUUGAUGAACAAUUUUCGAGGCCAGAAACUCCGUUAAGUGCUGGACAUGAAGAACAAAAUGAAGAGGAAGGAAAAGCCGAAAAUGAAUAUGAAGACAGAAGGGAAUCAUAUUCAAAAACAGAACGAUUGCUGGAGUCAAGAAAGGAGGGACAAAAAACUCUCGAUGAUAGUGUUUGUUCAUUUCCGAUAAGUAGAGAAUUUGAUAUGACUGAGGAUAAAAUAUUUAUGAAAGAAUCUCGUUCAAAAUCAGUGUCUUCAAUCUGCUCUACAUCAAGUAGAUCAGAAGAUUUCGGUAAAUUAAGUGCUAUUGAAGAAAUCAUUACAUCUUCACGGGAAGACAUUAAAACAUUCAUAAAAACUCAAGAAGAUAUUUCAAAGGUUUCAACAACACAAUACAAACAGUCAACAGAAACAGGGACAGUUCUGAAAAGUUUUCCAUUAGAAUCUGAUAAGUCUGCCCAGAUGACAAUUUCACAUGCAUUCCCAAUUUUAGAUGACAGCUCAAAAUUAGAGACCGUAUCUGAGGAACUAGUACAAAAACAAACCAAAACAGUAGAAGUCACACAAACGAUUACUGAAAGUAUAAUUGAGAAAACAGAGGGCAAGAAAACUCCGCCAACGGCACCAAUUAGUCCAAGUGUUCAAAAAAUAUCAACUCAAAUUACAUCACAAGAAAAAGAAAUUACAAAAUUAGUAGAUAUAUCAUGUGAUAAGCCAUAUGAAUAUUCAACUCCACGUGAUUCAAUUCAUUCAGGUAGGUCAAGUCCAGAUAGUGCUGCAUCAAAAUCAAUUGUACUAGGUCAAGGAUCAGCUGUUGAAUCAACCGAAUCAUCUCCAAAACCAACAUCACCUUUUCCUAAAACAAUUGAUGCUUUAAGAACAGAUGAUGAUCAUAAAACAUCAUCAGGAAUCAGUACACCUGAUAUGACACGAACAUCUACACCUGACACAACAGAGAAAUAUGUAGAAUUAAAGACAAGUUCAGUAAGUGCUAUUAAGGAAGAGAAAACAGAAUUUAUUUCAAAAGUACACACACAAGAAUACAGUUAUCAUGCAGAUUCAAAGGAAGUUUUCCCCGACCAGACUUCAUAUCACACAGAAUGGAUAUCACAUAAAAAAGAUGAUGAAGAUAAUGCAUAUGGAACUGCAGAGCAACAGAUAUACGAAGAAGAAUACGAUGACGAUGAUGAAAUUCCACCACAGUAUGACAGUGAAGUAGUUAAGUCCUCAUUAUUAAUCAGUUCAACAGCAUUUAAACAAUCGGAUCCAAUGAGUACAUCAUUUUAUGGUGCCCUGCCAGAAACAACAACAACAACAAUCGUCACAACAAUGACUUCUGAAAAUGCUAAAUCCGUGCCAAUUCCGAUAACAUCAACUGUCACAAGAACAUAUACAGAAUACACUUCAAGUCCAGAAAUAGUCAGUUCUGAAGCAUUAAGUAAAAAGUACACAAAAUAUUUAGAUGAAGCAGAUUUAGAUUUUGAAAAGACAUUCCAGCAACAGUCAGUCACAACAACAGUUCAAUCCUCAUCUUCUGAAAUGGCUUCCACUUUAUCAUCAACAUCGUCAACAUCAAAAACCACAGCCGAAACAUCAUCAGAUAAUAAAGAAAGUACCUCAAAUUUAACGUCCACUUCAAGUACAGCCACAACAACAGUUUUAGAAAGUUUAAGUAGUAGUUCUAAAAAAGAUGAAACUGAAAAGCUUUGGGACAAGCCAUUAGGUUUGCCAUCACCUGCACCUGAAAAUGAUGUUCGAACAACCCCAAAGAGAGAAAGAAAGAUUAUCGCAAAUAAGAAUAAAUUAAAUUCACAAAAGCGUUCUCAAAGUCCGAUUGCUGGAAAGAAGCUUGCUCCAAUUUACAUGGACUUAGCAUACGUACCUCAUCAUGGAAAUUCAUAUUAUUCUCACGUUGAAUUCUUUAAGAAAGUUCGUGCACGCUAUUAUGUAUUUUCUGGAACUGAACCAAGCAAAGAAGCUUAUAAUGCCCUCCUUGAAGCAAAGCAAACAUGGGAAGAUAAGAAUUUGGAGGUAACGAUAAUUCCAACAUAUGAUACAGAUGUUCUCGGAUAUUGGGUGUCAGAGAAUGAAGAGCUUCUUGCAAAAUAUCACAUUGACUUAUCUCCAUCAGCAGCUCGUUGCACAAUAAAUUUACAAGAUCAUGAAACAUCUUGCUCUGCUUAUCGUUUAGAAUUUUAG